UAUAUAGAUCUCGAAUGGGCAAUUAAGCUGAAUCGCUUUACACUGAACAUCGCCGGCUUAUGGCCAAGAAAUUACGAAAAUGUUUAUGACAGAUUUUUAUCGGAUUUCCGCACGACAUUCUCCUUCCUCCUGAUCGUUUUCUUCGGUUUAAUUCCUUCGAUACAUUCGCUGAUGAGAACCUGGGGUGACAUGAUCGCGAAAAUCGACAAUCUGCAAUUCACUUUGCCGUUAGUGAUAGUGAUAAUAAAGCUGGUAAUCAUACGAUGGAAGAAAACUGAUCUUAUAGUGGCGUUAAAAAUGAUCGCCGACGAUUGGCUAAAAACCAAAAGCGAGAAAGAGCAGCGCGUGAUGAUAAAAUGCGCACAGAAUGCACGAACUAUCAUUAUCUUUGGAUACGUUCUCAUGAUCGUAGGAAUAAGUUUCUACAUCUUUCUACCUUGCUUCGGAACGUCGCUAAGAUACAUGACGAACAUCACCGAUCCGCAAAAAAUCCUGCCACUACAAACGUAUUACUUCUAUAAUAAAGAUCAGACUCCGUAUUAUGAACUCACAUUUAUUGUGCAAGCUCUGCUACUCAUAGUCGCAUCUGCAUCUUAUACCGGCGUAAAUAAUCUACUCGGCUUACUAGUAUUCCACUUGUGUGGCCAACUGGAAAAUUUGAAAGAACGAUUGAUCAACAUGAAGCAAUAUAAAAACUUUUGUGUCGAUCUCACUUUCAUCGUCGAGGAUCACAUACGGCUAAUCAAAUAUUUCGACAUUAUUGAGAGUACAUUCAAUCUACUGCUACUCGGACUGCUGCUUUAUUUCGGCAUUUUAUUCUGUCUAUACGGAUUUUUGAUCGUCACGGUACUCACGGAAGGAAAGGAAAUGUCAAUGAUGCGUUUGAUAUACCUAAUAUCUAUAGUGUUAAACGUUUGCAGCCAUAUGUGCCUAUAUUGCGUAGUAGGCGAGAUUCUGGUAGCACAAUGCGAAAAAGUAUAUUACGCAGCAUAUGAUUACAAAUGGUACACAUUAGAGCCGGAAAAGGCGAAGACUCUGAUCCUGAUAAUGAUACGGGCCAACAAGCCCCUGUAUAUUACAGCUGGAAAAAUGUUUCCUAUGACACUGUCGAUGUUUUGCAACCACUUGUUGACAAAUUUGAGGAAAAAACAUUGUCAGCAAAAUACAAAUUUUCACAUGUAA